CCCUGGGCAAGAGGUUUGGGGAGCCUAGAGUAUUCUGCCAUGUAGCCACCUGGAUAAGCGGCCAAAAUGGACUUUUUCUGCACCAACGCCAUUGCCUUCUGUCGGCAGGUUUUACUUUCGCAACUGAAGAUGAUUGUGGGCACAGUGCUAGUUGGCUUUCGUCCCACCAUAAACAUUUCAAAUGUGAGACCGCCUUCCAAACCACAUGGGCAGGGCUUUUGUCCUUCACCAGCCAGCAUUUGUAGCGUCCGAGGAUGUCAAGAGAUGCACAUUGGGAGCCGACAGAUAGCUCUGGCUGCCUCCAUCUACAUUGUGGAAUUUGAGGCAUGACUGGAAUAGUAACCACGCGCUGAGGUGCGACCGACAACACUGUGCUUGCGCGUGAUGACAGCAUGAAGUUGAACAGUUUGCCCUGGAGGUUGUUAAGGCUAUCGACCAGUUCAGUUCAGUUUAUGGUGCCCGUCAGAGCCCGUCUCAGCAUCAUAAUGAGGAUUGAAUGGUGGUGAUGCGUAAGAGGAGGCUGUAGCUGGUGAAAGAGGAGAAGGGAAUUAUCGUCCGCCAUGCCAUGCAAGAGAGGCUGUUCAAUAAUCAGAGCCACCACUGCACUUUGUGUGGUCUCUUGGGGCUCUGGUAGGAAGGACCAAUCCCAGUAUGCGCUCUCUGGGGCUGAGCGUGUCACUGCAUGCGCCUGUCCUGGCCUGCAUGAGAGGCCUAGCCGAAAACCCACACCGAGUUCAGACCAUACAAAGAGUGCGAUGCAGUCCUUCGUCUCAAGGCAAGUACUGCAGUACUAUACUCCUUGGAAUAACAUACUUUACCUUGUGCUUUGAUAAAAUGGACUCGCUUGACUUUCCCCUCUCAACGAAAACAAAAAGACAAGUUCUAGCAGGUAUUGGGAAUUGCAAAGUCGACUCCGUUACCAUUUCUGAGCUUCUUGCCUUCAGCGAUAGCUUUUUUUCGUACUAUGAAAGGGCUUUGGAGAGCUCUCGGUCUAACAGCCUCGUCUCAUCACACCUAGAUAUUAUUGAUUUGCUUGCAAAGGCUCAACAAAAAGAUGGGGGAAGGAGCUCGGUAGAAGAACAUCUCCGACAAAGAAUUACCGAUAACGAAGCAGACGAAGCAGACGAAAUAAUAGAAGACACAGUUGAUCUAGCACUGCGUCUCGUGCUAAUGGUACCUACUGGCGGGUUCUCAAUCGCCAAUCGAUCCGUUACGUUGUCUGGAGGAACGAAGUUGAACUGGAAAGAUGGCAGCGUACAUGACCUAGUCAAACGAGAAUUUCCAGUGCAGAAUAGUAUGAAAGAACCUGUGAAACUAGAAAGAAUAUUCAACGCAAGGAAUUUAGAGCGUAUUGCGGGAGUAGAAGUCAGAUGGACAAGUAACCUCGCCGAUCACCUGAGGAUGAGAGACGACGAUAAAGCGGUAGAGAUAUUCCACUAUGCGACAUUUCUGAAACUCCAACAAGAUCAAUCAAUUCUUCCUUCACCACUAGUGGACGAAACCUUACGAACACUUGCCCUCCUUCUGCCGGAGCACGACAAGGACAUCGAAAGAUGGUUCUCGUCAGACGAAGCUAAACUCCAAAAGCGUCGCAAACUACCACUCGAUCCACUUGCUCGAGAAUGUGGGCAGUUGAAAGUCGAGGAGCGACAGAUCGACAACUUCCAGUACUGGCAUGACCGGCUGGUAAUCCUGAAGCAAGUUUUCGAUGAAGCAGAACCAAGAAAUAUUAAGCAGUGGUGGAGAGAUAGGAGACGGCGCGUCCAGUGGUAUACGUUCUGGGUAGCUGCAAUGGUGCUUGCUUUGACGGUGUUUUUUGGGACGGUUCAGUCGGUAGAAGGAGCAAUGCAGGUUUGGUUGGCGAUGAAGGAUUCGAAGUAAGUUUUGCUGGUAUUCUGACAGCAAAUGAAGAAUAGGUUUUACUGUUGAGCUGAAAAGUCAAAUCUGGCGAUCGAAAACCUUGAAAACGGUUACCGAUGUGAGCCUUUGAGAGGAUGUCAAUAACUUGAGAUUAAGUAUUAAAGACAAUCAUAGGAAGUGC